AUGAGGAAGGAAAAGGCUCCAAACUCCCAUAUUCAUUGCACAGCCGUAUCAGGUAUGGUGGGUAUACCAAAUCCAGACACACUUUGCAUUGACCAACACCUCGUCGGUGCGGCAAUGCAACCUGCAACGUUAAAUCAAGCUGCCAAGACGGUCAAACAGCAAUGUUGCAUGCUUGGUCCGCGCAUCAUAAGGAGACUUUGUGGUUGGAUCCGGAUGUGGUUUAGCGUAUUGCACGGGCUUUUUCCGGCUUGGCAAUUUAACGCUAUCGAGACUGGACGCCACAACGAGGAGACGCGCGGCCUAACGUCAUAUGAACGACCAGGCGUGGACACAGGAACAGGGCUCGCUUCCUUUGCCGAUGUAUCUGUGCGAAGGCAGGUGGGAAUCGUGGGCGAUUAUGAUUAG